UCUCAGCAGCUUCUGUCUCUGAAUUGCCUCACUGCACGGGAUCGUGAGUCCCCACCAUGGCAUAUUCCAACAGCAGCAUGCUGACAUCCAACUUCAGCAGCACUGUGGACUGCCACGACACGGGGGGAAACAUUUACCGGCCCUUCUCUGUAUUCAGCAUCCUGACUCUGACUUUGCUGGCCAUGCUGGUGGCGGCCACUUUCGUUUGGAACUUGCUGGUGCUGGUAACCAUCCUGAGGGUGAGGACGUUCCACCGCGUGCCUCACAACCUCGUAGCCUCCAUGGCUAUCUCAGACGUGAUGGUGGCCGCCCUGGUCAUGCCGCUCAGCCUCGUUCAUGAGCUGAACGGCCGGCUGUGGAAACUGGGCCGCGUGCUGUGCCAGGUGUGGAUUUCCUUUGACGUUCUCUGUUGCACCGCGAGCAUCUGGAAUGUGACAGCCAUUGCGCUGGACCGCUACUGGUCCAUCACCAGGCACCUGGAGUACACACUCAAGACACGCAAAAAGAUCUCCAAUGUAAUGAUCGCACUGACAUGGCUGCUGUCCUCCAUCAUAUCUCUGUCGCCUCUCUUCGGCUGGGGUGAGACCUACUCAGAGGGGAUGAAGUGCCAGGUCAGCCAAGAACCAUCAUACACCAUCUUCUCGACCUUUGGAGCGUUUUACCUCCCACUUUGUGUGGUUCUGUUUGUUUACUGGAAGAUCUACAAAGCUGCAAAGUUCCGGAUUGGUUCCCGCAAGAACAACUCAAUCACACCAAUGGCUGAGGUAAAGGGGGAAGUGCAGCAGCCACAGAUGGCAUUCACAGUGCGCCACGCCACCGUGACCUUCCAAACUGAUGGGGACACAUGGCGCGAGCAGAAAGAGAAGAAGGCGGCUCUGAUGGUGGGCAUCUUGAUCGGCGUGUUCAUGCUUUGCUGGAUUCCCUUCUUCAUCACCGAGCUCAUCGUCCCGCUGUGCUCCUGCGACAUCCCGCCCAUUUGGAAAAGCAUCUUCUUGUGGCUGGGCUACUCCAACUCCUUCUUCAACCCACUCAUCUACACCGCCUUUAACAAGAAUUACAACAAUGCCCUGAGGAACCUCUUCUCCCGCCAGCGCUGAGCAAACACGUGGCGCCAGUACGUACGCCGCAUCGAUUCUCCCCAGGCAGAAGAACACAACCCUGUGUGAUUGUCAUCCACAGAACGGAUAAAAACAAAAACACUGUGCUUGAAAACUCUCUUUACAUCAGCUUUGUUAGCAUGUUAGCACAUUCGCACUUGCAUCACGAUGAUUGUGUGUCUGCAGAGAGGAAUAACGUGGUGGUAUUGUGGCAGGAGCAAAGAUAAUGAUGUGGAAGUAUUUCUGUGUGCUGUUUCAGUCUUAUUAGGGAGAAACAUGUUAACUCCCCUGUAAACAGUUUCGUCAUCAGGCUGUUUGUUUGGGUUCUGGGAAUCAUUUCAAAGCAAAGACGAGAGAAAUCAACACAUCUUUUCCAGCAGGACAAAAUGAGCCUCUUUAAUAAAACACUCCCAACAAACUGUUGAUUCUUCCAGACAACACAAAUGCUCAUAUGGGUGAUAUGGGGCCCUAUCUUCCAU